GUGAAUUAAGCAUAUGCCUCGAGACAAGCCUAUUUCCACAGAAAUUGGUUUUCGCGGAACCAACUCAAAGAUGAUUGGGUUAUCAGACCAAUUCGAAAAAGUCAAAACUCAUCUUCUGCAAAGAUAUACGCGUGUGUAUGGCCUUUAUGGAACGGCAGGCAUUGGGAAGACCACUCUUGCUAUGCAAAUUUAUCAAGAUGAAGAAAUUCAGAGCAAAUUUGAGUGUCGCGCAUGGGUCACUGUAGGCAGAGUGCAUCAACAGAUCAGUCAAAUGUCACGAGGCAUUAUAGCGCAACUCUGUGGAAAUAUACAUGGAGAUGAAGAAAUAGGCGACAGCCCGGAAGAAGUAGGUGACUACUUGAAAAAACAAUUGUAUGGCAAGAAUUCCUUGAUUGUGUUGGAUGAUGUCUGGGAGGUGACAAAUGCAUGGUAUUUCUAUCAUGUACCAUACAUAGAAAUGGGAUGUAUUAAUGUCUUAUUUACUGGCCGGCAUCGAAAAUGGAUUGGAGAUUAUCUGGAAGGUAGUUCGUUGUAUGAGGUGCGGUAUUUAAACGAAGAAGAAAGUAUGGAGCUACUAUGUGAGAAGGUGUUUGGUGAUGAGAUUUGCCCUCCUCAACUUCACAAACUUGUCACCAAGAUUGCCAAGCUUUGUGAAGGCCUCCCUCUCUUGAUAGUCACAGUUGCGGACAUCCUAUCCAAAUCCGAGCAUAACAGAGACCCAGUCUACUGGAAUGAAGUAGCAGAAAGGAGAAAUUCAGUCUUCACGGAUGCAUAUAAUCAAAUAUCAAAGGUACUUUUCCCAAGCUACGACUACUUACCUCAAAGUCUUAAAAUGUCUUUUCUGUUUAUGGGUGUUUUCCCUCUACAUUAUGACACCCCACCUUUCAAGAUAAUCACUAUGUUGACUGCUAAGGGGUUGUGGUGUGAUUGGAAAUGUUUGACGGAUCUAGGUUUCGACUAUAGUCUUGUUUUACGCAACUUCAGGAGUGUCGAUAAAACUUCUUGUGAGUCAACUUAUCGCAAGUAUAAAACUUGUUGGCUUCAUUGUUCAUGGCGGCACGUGUGUAGAGGAGAAGCUAGUAAGCACAAGUUUUAUCGUGUCUUAAAUAAGUUGAUUGAUGCCGGUGAAGAAGUUCUAAAUGGUCAGCGCGGCUUGUGUCUUGAAAAUAACAUUUUAUUUGGCAUCAAAGAGUUUGGCAACUCAGUGAGGUUGAACUGUGCAUCAUUUACACGUUCUAUCCUUUUCUAUGGUCCUUACCACCAAUAUCCAAUCCCUAUAGAUGUUGGUUUCAGGUUGCUAAGAGAAAUAGAUGCUCUUACACAACGUUUCUAUACUUUCCCAGUAGAAAUUCUUUCUCUAGUCCAACUAAAGUACCUUGCUCUAACUUGUAACGGAGAACUCCCUGCAACUAUAUCCAAACUUUUCAACCUUCGAACCUUGAUUAUUCAUCCACAUCUGAAUAUUAGACAUUGUAGAGCUCCAUCAUAUGUACCAAUACAAAUUUGGGAUAUGCAAGACUUAGAGCAUAUUGAGAUAUUGGGAAAGAGCCUUGUAGCUCCAUCUCAUGUUGCUUCAUUGAAAAAUCUCAAAACACUUGUAGGUGUGAAUGCUAGCAUUUGUACUGUAUUGGAACUCUCCAAAAGGAUUCCUAACAUAAGGAAAUUAGGAAUACAGAUCGAGCUAACGCCUUAUGACGACCAUAACAACCUAUUGAGCUGUUUUGAUUGCAUUUCAACACUUGAAUUGGAUAUACUCAAAUUGAGUAUAACAAAUCCUGUGGUCAAGAAAGAUCAUGCUUUCCCGGUAACUCCCGGGUCACUCAAGUUGCCACAUAAUUUGAAAAAGUUACAUUUGAGUGGCAUGGGUUUCCCGUGGGAAUACAUGGAUGUCGUUGGCUCUUUGCCAUUUCUUCAAGCCCUCAACCUGCGAUCCUACGCUUUUCAGGGUUCACAUUGGGCAGCUAAAAGGUAUAGUUUUAGGAAUCUUCGGUUUCUUCUUAUUGAAGAAAGUGAUUUGGUGCAAUGGAAGCCAAGAUACGGAAGCUUCCCGAACCUAACAUACCUGAGCAUGAAACAUUGCUACAAACUAAAAGAGAUCGGCAAGCCUGCUUCUCUGACUCUGUGGUCAAGUGAAAAUCCAACCAGAAUGAUUGAAUUAGAGGACUGCAAUCCUUUAGCAUUGAUUUCGGCCAAACAAUUAAUACCGGAUGAUGGUGUUAUGCCUCAUGUUAUUGUCUCUUCUUCUUAUUAUGAGAAACCGACAACUAUCAAACUUGAAAGGCAAGUCAAGCAUAUGACGAAUCAGGAAAGGCAAGUCAACCGUAUGAAGUAUUAUGGGAGGUCCAAGUCUGAUGUUGAGGAAGAGGAUGAUGAUGGUGAUGUGAAGAAAUUUCCGACCAAGGGGAGGAUAAUGAAGGCAAGGGCAAAGAUGAGGAGAAUGAGAAAGAGAAUGGUGACGAAUAUACGCAUGAUCAUGAGGAAACAGAGGCGAGCGCAAACGUCAAGCAGCAUGUGAGUUCAUUGAGACAUUUUAAAUUUUCAGUAUCAGAUCAGCUAUAAAGAAAGAUUAUGUAAUCCACUUUUGAAUCUGCUGCUACACAGUGCUACACAUGUAAAUCAUGAAUUUUCUCUAAGAAUUCAACAACUUGUGUGGUGA